AUGUUCUGCUCUUCUCAUUAUCUUUACUUCAGAAACAAUACUUUGAAAGAGGGGACAAUUGAUUGGACGGAUGAAGCAGCCGCUGCUAAAAAAUCUGAAAUCAAGAAAUAUGCCUUCGAAAAACUUGCAGAUCGCUGGAAGCAUCACAAGUCAGAGUUGAAGAAAUUGUAUUGGUUGCCCAAUCAAGGGACUGAAGAACGUUUUUGCAGGCCUGAUAAUGCCAUUGACAGAGAUCAAUGGAUAAGAUUUGUUACUCAUUUAGAUGAUGAGGAUACUAAGACCAAGGCUGCCAUAAAUGUAAGUAAUCGAUCGCAGCGGGUAAUGCAUCACAGUACAGGCACAAGGACUUUUCCAGCUGUUGUUUACGAAUGGCAAGUUGAGAAUAGGGUUGAGGAAGAACCUGAUAGGUUGGAAAUAUUCAAGUUGACACACCGUAAGAAAGGAAAACGAAAUGAGUAUGUUGAUGCUGCAUCUACCAAAGCAGUGCAAGAUUUGGAGAAGGCUGAAGAGGAGAGAAAAAAGUUAAAUGUUGACAUUACUCCACAAGUUAGAGAAGACAUCUAUGCACAGGUUCUUGGGCCAGAGAAGCGUAACCGAGUGAGAGGACUUGGAGCGGGAGUACGUUGGCGUGAUGUUCCGUACCUUCAUACCGAAAAAAGAAGUAUAUCAGCUACUAUGGAAGCAAUGAAAGCAACAAUUGAGGAACAACGCUUGGAGACUGCAAGAUUGAGGAGUGAGGCUGAAAAAGAAAGACAAGAAGCUGCCCAAAGGGAGGAAAGGAAUAAGAUUGAAUCAGCUGAGAUGAACAAACGUUUCGCCGCACAAAUGGAGGAGUUUAAGAAGCAGCAAGAGGCAGCAAUGGAAGAGAAUGCAAGGAAGGUGAAUGAACUCGCAAGACUUCAAGGUAUUAGAUGGAUGAAAGAAGCUGGUUUUUCAGGGAUUGAAACGGCACCACAAUUAGAUAGCGACCCAAUGACACAGCUUGCAGCAGUCCAACCACAAUGCAAUAGACCAGCGAUUCCAACCCCACCUAUCGAGGAUGUGUAUAGACCCAAAAUGCCUCAAACUGUGCAAGAAUCGCAGCUGAAUUGAAAGGGUUAGUUUCACCAACCAUUAUCUAGUUUGAUGGUUAUGUUAUUGCCUACUUUGAGUUAGUUCUCAAAGUAUUUUGAUGAAAAUUAUUCUUGGACAAGGAUUAUGUUGUUAAAGGGGGAAAAUCUUAGUGAUAUUCCACCUUAAACAACAAUGUAUUCUUCAAAACUCCCUUGUUUUUGUAAUCCAAGAAUAAAUGAAAUGUAUUUUGCUACAAAUGUAAAGAACAUCUUGCUAUGAAUGUAAAGUUUUAAUA